AUGAUGAUGGAAAAUGAUUAUUCGAUAAAGGUGGUGUUUUAGAUCGCGUUUUGAGGGCCAGCCGGCCAAAAAAUGGGAAAAAUGUGUGUCACUAUUAUUUACUUUUUCGAAAAUGUCCUUAACAAUGAUAACGGUCGUGUUUGAUAAUAUCACUUUUGUGCCAAUCUUCAAUUGAUUUUUUCCCCCAUGCGUCUUCUCUUAUCACUGUUCUUUUUUAUCGGAGAAACGAGUUAUCACAACCAACCACCGUCAAAAAAAAAAAAAAACCAUUUUUUCGUUCUGGAAAACAUUGCUUGUUUCUUUGUCGUGUUCCGAAUCUACUCGGCAACUAUUCGAUGAGUCAAACGUGAAUUUCACACUUUCUAAUCACUUGUAUUGUCGGUUUUUGUGACUACUACAGUAAUCCUUCGUGUCCGCCUUCAUCCAAAAGUCACACAAUAUCGAAUAAGGUUUCAGGUGGCCAAGUACCAGCCAACCGCACUUGGAGACGAUUACACGGAAGACGAUUUCGGGUGAGAUUGGCCAAAUUUGCGAACAUUUUCAAGAUGGAGGGGUGUAAACCGUGAAAAAGUGUUUGAAAAGAGUUACGGUGUGGUCCCUACCGGUUACCGUAGCCCCGAGGGUACUGUAGCUUCCCUCAAAACCCGCCAUAACUCCUUUCUCUCUCUCUCUCAUUAGCCGCUCUGGCUCUUUUUCGCGUGAAAGCUCUUGAAAGUGACUGGUCUGUUACCAUCCAAGUGGAUUACGUACUCUCUCUCUCUCUCUCUCUCUCUCUCUCUCUCUCUUUCGUCGAACACGCAGACCAGCACUCAAAGAUAAACAAACAAAGUUGUUGGCAGGAGAGCCGCCAAUGAAUGACCGGAUAUAUGCCCGCGAGAGAGAGAGAGAGAGAGAGAGAAAGAUAUUGUGCGCUUUUCUUGACAAAAGAGCCAUAAUGUCUCUCUUUUUCGCUUGUCAAAUUUUGUUAAAGCCGUUAAUAUCAGUUUUUAUUGUUUUUGAAUUGAAGCAACUUUGAACCAGAAUUGUAGAGCCUAGAAACGUUCAAUCGUUCUAGAAAAUUUUUUGGAAAAUCUUCACAUCUUGUACUGUAUUUUUGUAGUUGACACAUUUUUUGUAGGACCAAUCCCUGGAGUACUGUAGCUUCUUGAAGUUGGACUAAGUUGAAAGACUAUAGCUUUUAGAGAUAACUUCCACGAGCUACAAUACUCUUGAGAGUGGUCCAAAUAGAAAGUUGUCAACUAAACAAAUAAAGUUCAUAACUUGCACUUCUAUUUUGUAGUUGACAACUUUUUGAUACAGCUGAUUCCUGGAGUACUGUAGCCUCUGGAAGUUGAUAAUAGCCAGACAUUCGAACUCUAACUUCCAACAGCUACCGUACACCAGGGAUUGGCCGUACCAAAAAGUUGUCAACUACAAAGAUAUAGUACUAGAUGUGAAGAUCUCACAAAGCAAAUUCUGGACCUCUAGGCCAUCGUAGAAGUCUACAAUAUCAGUUGAAAGUUGAUAAACUUUUUUGUCAGAAUUGAUUCGCUCCACAAUCAAAAAACCGUAAUUUCUUCCUCAAUCCUACCUCAGCAGAAUUUUCAAAUUCCAUCCCAAAAAAUGCUUUCCUUUUUUUGCUGUCGGAUGUCUGGUCGCUGUCCGAAAUUAGCUAUUGGGGUGGCGGCGGCGGCGAAAGCUGCUGGAAACAUCAAUUAUAGACACUUGUUUUUUCCCCUCUUUUCCCUUGUUUUCGACUUCCUCUGCCUCCACUUUCCCUUUUUCCACCCCAUUCUGAAAUCCUCUGAAAUCCUCUGAAAUCGCGCCCAGAAACGGUAACUUUCCGUCUUCGCCACCCCGAAACUUUCCGCCGGCGCUCUUGUAUACGCCGUGCGUCACGCGCACAUCUGCCGCUUCCGUGGCGCAAUAGGCAGCGCGUUCGGCUGUUAACCGAAAGGUUGGUGGUUCGAGCCCACCCGGGAGCGAAACGGUUUUGCCACCCUUUUUUUUAUUGCAGACCCGGCGCAAAAAUGCUGCGAGGACCGGGACAAAAAUCCUCGGAUCCGUUUCAGUUCGUCGCCGUCACCAAGGGCGGUGCGGACAUGGCCGAAACGGCGAAAUCGACGCUGCAACUGGCGCAACAGCAGAAGGUGCAGAGGGAGAAGAUUCUGCAGGGACAACGACAGUCGGUGAGUGUUUCGAGGGUGAAAAGCGGAAAUAUUAUCGUUUUAUAA